AUGUCCUUUCAAUCCCCCGUUUCUAAAUGCACAACCUUCAUCCAGGGCUUGGGCACCCUCGACGGCCUACAGUAUGCCAAUGGCGUGCAGCAAUUUUGCGGAAUUCCAUAUGCGCAUCUUGCUAAGCGCUGGACGCGCUCGAUAUUGAAGACUGCGUGGGAAAACGAUCACCACGAUGGUACCAAGUUAGGAAAUGACUGCCCAAGCCCAAUGAUCGAAGGCGAUGACGCGAACGAACUAGUACCCGUCCCACCCGCUGCGCAUCUCCCCACGACCCAAUCCGUGGACGAACUCUCCGGCCUAGUAAUGAACAUCGUGACCCCAAACCUUUCCACUCCCACCGCAUCCAACCUGCCCGUCUUCGUCUACGUCCACGGCGGCUCCCUUCUCUACGGCGGCGCAAACUUGCCAAUCUUCGACGCCGUAAACCUCGUCUCGCACAGUCUCUCCAUCGACCUGCCCAUCAUCGCCCUAAGCUUCAAUUACCGCGUUGGCAUCGGCGGGUUCCUCGGCGGCGCGCAUAUCGCCCAAGAACUAAAGCACGACGGACAUGCCGGCAGUGGCAAUUUCGGAUUCACGGAUCAGCAAGUCGCCUUCGACUGGGUGCAGAGGUAUAUCGGAUGCUUCGGGGGCGAUGCGGGGAACGUCACAGCUGUAGGCGAGUCUGCUGGUGGGAUCUCGAUCAGUAACCAGAUGCUGGCCGCGCAACCGCCCGUUUUCCGUCGUGCGGUCUGUAUGUCUGGACUUUCAGUUGCUAUCCCGGCUUGGACGAUGGGUGAUCAUGAUGAGCUCUUUGAGCGUGUUUGUCGCCAUUUCGAUAUUGACGCUGCGGCCGGUGAUGCUUUGGAUAGGCUGCGUGCUGUGCCGCAGCAGGUGCUUGCUGAUGCUACGCCUGCUAUUCAGGGGGUGCCGUCUGGUACGGGAAAUCCGUGUCUGGAUGGGUGGUUUUAUGGUGAGCGGGACCCGCGCGAGGUGCAUGUUCCGCCUGCUUGGUUGGAGGGGUUUAUGAUUGGCGAUGUUUAUCAUGAAGGAGUUAUUUUCCAUAUUAAUUUAAUGGAAGAGACAUAUGGUUCCAUUCGGGGGGUUCUGCGGCGGUAUAUUGAUGACGAGUCGGAUGUUGAUGAGAUCCUGGGUGCGUACGAGAUUUGUCAGGGGUUGGAGCUGGAGGUUUUGCUUGAGCGUGUUGAAAAUAUGUGUGGUGAUGCAAUUUUCAAGAUUCCUAAUUAUGUGACUGCGCGAGAAUGUCGUAGUCGGGAUAUUUUGGGAGGAGAUAUGUUCCUUUAUCAUUUUGAUCAGCGUUCGAGAAUUCACAAUUCAUUCGAGGGCACUGCAUAUCAUGCCCAUGAGUUGCUUUAUUUGUUUGGGAAUUUGGAGAAUGAGAUGAAUGAUGCCGAGAGGAAUAUGGUGAAGGAGUUCGCUUCUGCUUGGAUUCGAUUUGCGAAUGGCCUUUCACCGUGGAAGGUGGAGGAGGGUGAGAGGAGGUGGAUGGUCUGGGGACCGAAUUCCCAAGGUGAGGUGAAGACCGAGGAUGAAGACCAGGACAUGAGGAACUAUACUCGCAUGGAGUUGAUAUUAAAGUUAGGAGGUGGUUCAGCAUGGAAGCAAUGGAUUGCCGCGAUAGAUGCCCUUGUAAAUAAUCGUCAGUGA